CACAAAAAUUCUUCUUAACAACUUUAUUAAAUAAAAGUACACAAUAUUUUAUUAUUUCAUUUCGACUAAUUUUCAGAUAACCGAUACUGGUAGUUUUUUUUUUUGAUAACUAAAAGUUAUGAUUUCAUUAAAAAUAAUAUUGUUGUUAUUAAAAUUGGUAUAUGAAUGUCGUUUGGAAGAUGCACUGCUAGAAGCUGUAUUUUAUGAACAAAUACCUUUCAUUUUCAAAACAUCUAAUGGAAGCAUAGAUGGUAUAAUUCCAAAGAUGUUUAACGAAGGAGAAUAUUAUUGUUUUAAUGAAUCUAAUAAAAAGUUUAUUUCUUUUAAAACACUUCUUUCCUCGAGAGAAGAGUUUCAAAAUCUUUUGCACUCUGAAAGUUAUAGAGACAAAAAUAAUUUGUUAAAUGGUACAGAUGAAACACAGAUUUGGUUUCCAGAUGAUUUGUACAACGUAACAAACAAAGAACAUAAAAAAAGCAAAAACUUAGUAUCAUUUCAAAUAAUGAAAUCUGAUGGUCUUGCUGUUAUUAUGCUUCGUGAUAAAAUAUCUCUACCUUCGAAAGUGCUACGUGGUAUUUAUUCUUGUCGGCAGAUAAUUGCAUUGACCGUGAUGAUGGUGUUAUUAUUUGGAAUGCUCAUCUGGUUUAUUGAAUGUACUUAUAAUAACGAGUUUUCAUUGUUUUUUGUGAAUGGAGCAGCUACAGGACUUUGGUGGAGCGUAGUCUCAAUGACUACGGUUGGAUAUGGGGACGUUGUUCCACGUUCCAUUCCUGGAAAAGUAAUAGCAUGCGUUUGGUUAUUUAUUGGAGUAGUUAUAUCUUGCCUCGUUACUGCAACGGUUACCGAAGUUGUUACAGGUUUAGAGGGUUUAGAUAUUUACGAACAAAAAGUUUCGGUUCUGGAUAAUUCAUAUGAACUGAAAGCUGCUAAAGAAAUGUACGAUGCAGAUGUAGUUCCAGUAAAAACAUACGAAGAAGCUAUAAAGUUAGUGAGAGAAGAAAAGGUCUUCGCAGCCCUUAUGAACGUUGACGUUGCCGCAUGGAAACAAAAUGAAAUAAUUGACGAUAAUCAUAAAUUUCCAUUGCGUAUUGUUAACGUAGUUAAAGCACAUUUGUACAUUAACUGUCUUAUCUCGAGGAAUUUAUCAAAAUCCGCUCGGGACGUAUUUAACUGCAUGAAUGUACAAAAAGACGAAGUUUACACACGAUCUGCCAAAUCUUUUCAAAGAAUUUGCAAUACAGAAAUUUUGUACGUUGACUCAAUAAUCGAAAUGUUUCAAAAGAGCACGUUAUAUCAGCUUAUUUUAGGAUUUUUGGUUACGUUUAUAUGUUUAGGAUUAGGGUUUGAAUUUUAUACUCGAAAAAAAAAUUGUAAUGAAAAAAAGGCGCAUGACUUUGAUCAACUUUAACAUUAGCAUUUGUAAUAAAGCUAAUAUUUUUAACAACUUUACUUGUUAUUUGAAAUUUAUCGUUGUUAUAACUACAAUUUAUUAUUGCAUAAUAUAUAUUACCAUUUUUUUAAUGACUUUAUUUAUCUCGAAUCCAUGUACUUAAUUAUUUGAAUUAUUUAUCACUUAAAAUAAUGGAGCCAACAAACCCUCCAAGAAUAUGUUUUUGGAGAGGAGGUCAGUUAAGACAUUUUAAAAGAAUUUAAAAAUUUUGUUACAGACCACUGCACAAACAAGCAUUUAACGAAAAUAUUUUUAGCCAGAAAAAACUUUGAAACUUGGAGUCUUAAUUCUCAAACGCGAAGACUAUAGACGCUUCUAGUUCAGAAAGUGCGAAUCAUCUAGAGAAGGAAGUUAUAACAUUUCUAUGCAAGAACAAAAUUUUUUUGAAGAAGAAUCAUCUUUUGAAGUUGUUGUUUGAAGAAGAAUCAUCAAGAGACUUUUUUUGAAGAAGAAUCAUCAAGAGACUUUUGUCUUAUAAGAGGCUAUAGCCUCUUAUAAGACAUAAGCUUCCUAAGAUGAGUUUGUAACUAUAGUUUGUUACUAUGACGACUGUUAAUAUCUAGCAAAAGUCUUGAAUAAAUUGAUACUGGCACUAUAUAAAAUUCCAUUUGUAAAAAUGGAACAAGAAAUGUCUGAUUAAGCGUUUUUUAUUCGGCAACCUCACAGCGUCAAAACUAAGUGAUGAAUUCCCCGUUGAUUUCAACAAAUAUGACAUGCCUAUGGACUAAUCUUGUAAAACAUUUCAUGGGUUUACAACUAACUUUUAACGAAUUAUUUAUUUCAUUUUAUAAUUUAAGUGUUUGAGACGGCAGUUUUUAGUAUCGUCUAAAGUCUAUGAAAAACUUAGUCAAAGCCAGGUCUCCUUUUUUUUGAAUUAAAAGAUCAAUUCAAGUUUGUAUAUUUUUAUUUUC